CUACACUAUAUUUUCCAGAAUCUAAAAUGUCUGCCAAGAGACUAGCCACUACUGCUCUGGACUGGGGAGUUGUUGCAGCUAAGAUCCCAGCUGAAAACAGGGCAGCCUUUGGAGCUCUCAAGAUGAAAGUUGACAAGCAUAUGCGUAAUGUUAACUCUCUACCAGAGUCUCUUGGCAAAAUCGACUUCGCCGUCUACAGGAGCAAGAUUACUAUCCCCGGGAUGGUUGAUACUUUUGAGAAAUCCUACGGAUCCCUUUCCAUUCCCUAUCCCGGAGACCAGGGUAAACUUGCUGAGAUUGAUGCUCAGGCCGUCACUCAGAAGGCCAGAUACGAAGAAUUUGUCGCCCAGUCCGCCGCCAGGAUCACCGGCAUCAAGACAGAGCUCGCUAAGUGGGAGUCCAUGCAGCCCGUCGAGGAGAUGACCAUGGAGGAAGCCCUUGAUGCUGGACUAACACAGUUCGUAAUCGACCCUGAGGCUAACACCAUGUGGCCCCAUGACCAGACCUGGGAGGAGUAUGUUAAGAAGCUUGAGAAUGCCUCCCCUGAUGAUUUCCAUUAAGCCGAAUCCUUCUUUUUCCCAUAUAGUCAUACUUAGACUCUUUUAACCAGAAGUAGAUGCGUAGCAGCGUACCUACUCAUUAGUAAUAUAAUUGCGUAGAAACGGAAGUAAUAUUGCUAUAAAUGGCGUCAAUUCUUGUAAAAUUUUAUUUCAGA